AAAAACCAAAACAAUAUAUAUUUGACUACUUAACUAAUUUCAAGCAUUUAAGCAGACAUGUUUUAGAGAUUUUAGAUUCAAGGUUUUGUGGUCAUAAAGAACAUGUUGUGUCCAUGUUUGUGUGCAUAUCUAAUGAUAAAGAGCCCCAGGAGUAAAGGCCAUCCUAAACAAAGCUUAUGAGUUUAGAGCAAUCGUGAUGACACAGCAUGUUGAGAUUUGCAGUCAAGCUGAUUUUCCCUCCACUUUACUCAAGCAGGUCAAUGAAAGAAACAUUUAAAUGGAAGCCACACCUGCCGCCCGCCAUGAGCCAAUGAUCUGCAGCCGAGAGCUGACGGAUGACACGGCCACCUUUGUUCUGAGCCAAUGGGAAUGUUAAGGUCAGGAGGGGGAAAACUUGCCCCGGGGUCAAUUUAUCUCGCAUCAGUGACCUUCUGCAAAUGUGUGGGAGGAAUUUGUCCAGCUCUCCUCUGACUUUCAGGUGUUGUUAGUAUGGGAAGUCGACAACAAUGGCUCACGAGACUGAAGAAUGAGCUGAGCAACAGUCCUCUGGUGUCCAAUGUUGCCUUCGGCUUCAUCCUGAUGGGACUGGAGAAGCUGGUGGAGCUGGAGUUUGAGUGUCCGUGCAAUCCGGCCUGGAACGGGCUGUUUUCCUCCGCGUUCUUCAUCAUUCCCGCCAUCAUGGCCUUGGCGCUCAUGAUGAUCAUUCAGGGAUGCAGGUGUGGCAUCUGGUGCAGGAGGACCGUGUCCCUGUCCAGCUUCGUUCCCGCUGUGGUCUGGCUGAUCCUGCUCUUUCUGGAUGGUCAGUAUUUCGCCUGUGCGAUGACAGACUGGCACGGCCGGUUCGUGAUCGUGGACAAAGCCGCUCCGCAGAAAUGGUGCGAACCCAUUGAAGAGGAGAGCGUCAGUCCUCAGGAACUCAUGCUGCGCUCACAGCGACUGUUUGUGGAGUCUCAGGUGGUCGGUAUAGUGCUGCUCAUCUUUAUCUGUUUGGGACUGGUGGUGUAUGUGAUCAGAGAAAGCUGCGGGCAGGAUCUGGAGACUCAAGAUCCCGAUGUGACGGAGAUGACGCUCUACAGCUCCAGCUGAUAGACAUCCUUCCUCAUCGGAGAGCAGAAAAAACACUUUACACAGCAAUGAAGAACACACAAGAAUGAGACAGUUCCUACAGGGAUAUCGUUUCUUUCAAAAAUGAAGAUGCGUCAUCAUUUACUCAUGCUCAUUAUGUCACUUGUAUUUUUCUCUUUCGUCUGUGGAAGAAAAAAAGGACAAAUCUUUAAGCCUGCUCUGAUCGGUCUAUGAAUCAGAUCUCAUCACAAAUGUUAAUAGAAGGUGAAAAUAGUCAGUGAAUAAUCACUUCAGUCUAUUCAUCAAAGAAGGGUAUUGUAAAAGUUUAAAUAUAGCAUUUUUGGACCACUUUCUUUUUUCUUUGCUUUUAAUCUUAUGUUCAUUGUAAUUGCAUGGAAAAGUGCAAACAGCAUUAUCAUUAACAU